GGAACAAACUUCCAAACCACACGGAUGGGCCGCAGCUGCCUCCUUUACGGGACUCGUCGGGUACUUUUCACUUUUCAGAUCGCCUGCAGAGCAGCGCGAGCGUGACGGUUUGUUGACUGCGAGCGGUGUGUCACGCGACAGUACUGUGACACAGUUUUCUGUUGACUUCCAGUUCUGCUUAGACAAAGUACUGAUUUAAGAAGACCCGAAGUAAACGUUUGAGCGGUAAAUUAACAUCUAACUAUGUUAAUGGGGAUAUUUGAAGACCACUAAGACGUAUUCGGAUACAUAAAGGUUUGAACUCCAAUCAAGACUAACUUAAUACACCUUUUAAAGUUGUUUGAGAAUGGCUAACACCAGGGACGACAACGAGAGCACCCCUCUGCUGGACUCUGGGAACAGCAGAGCUCCCCCCCCAUCAAUUUUCGAGGGAAGAAGACUAGCAUGUGCAGCCAUCCUGCUGGCUGAAUCACUAGAGAGGAUUGCAUUCUACGGCAUCACGUCCAACCUGGUCCUUUUCCUCAAUAGCAGUCCCUUUUAUUGGGAGGGCACUCAGGCCAGCCAGACACCUCUGAUGUUCAUGGGCGUUACUUACUUGAUUUCACCAUUUGGGGGCUGGUUGGCGGAUGCAUACUUUGGGAAAUUCUGGACAAUUGCUUCAAGUUUGAUCCUGUAUUUUCUUGGCAUGCUGUUUUUCCCUUUUAUUUCUAAUGAUGACACGAGGAUACAAUUAUGUGGAGAGGUGUUGGCUUUUCCUGUCCAACCUGCUGAGUGUCUGAGCACAAACACUACCCUUCCAAGCAAUAUCACCUGCCCUAUUCGCACCCCAUAUUGUGGCCCAGCAGUCUAUGGUGGCCUUUUUUUAAUUGCACUAGGUGUGGGUACUGUGAAGUCCAACAUCACGCCCUUUGGGGCAGAUCAGGUCAAAGACAGAGGACCAGAGGCCACGCGCAGAUUCUUCAACUGGUUCUACUGGUGCAUCAACUUAGGAGCCAUCCUGUCUCUGGGAGGUGUGGCCUACAUACAGCAGAACCUCAGCUUUGAGCUUGGCUACAUCAUUCCCACUGUGUGCCUCGGGAUCUCCUUCCUGGUCUUUCUUCUGGGCCGUACCGUCUUCAUCACCAAGCCUGCUGACGGCAGCGCCUUCACGGAUAUGUUCAAGAUCCUGACCUUCGCCUGCUGUUCUAAGAAACCAAAGGAGCCCAACCUGCUCCGCAACAAACCAACCCUUCUAGACAGUGCCAAAGUGACCUAUGGAGGGAAAUAUCCGGAAGAGAAAGUAGAGGAAGUGAAAUCCCUGGUGAAAAUCCUCCCCGUUUUCUUUGCCCUUAUCCCAUACUGGACAGUGUACUUCCAGAUGCAGACAACAUACGUCCUGCAGAGCCUCCAUCUGAGGAUUCCUGACAGUGCCUCAAACAUCUCUGCUGACUCCCACCAGAUGACGUUCCGCUUCCCUGCUGCCUGGCUCACCAUGUUUGACGCAGUGCUCAUCCUUAUGCUGAUUCCCCUAAAGGACAAAGUGGUGGACCCCAUCCUGAAACGCCGUGGCCUGCUGCCCUCCUCUCUGAAGAGGAUUGCAGUGGGGAUGUUCUUUGUUAUGUGGUCGGCCGUGGCAGCGGGUAUUUUGGAGACCAAACGCCUGGAGAUUGUCAAAUCAAGUGGUACCAUUGACCAGGUGCUUGGCAACGUUAUCUACUACGCAGCAGAUUUACCCAUAUGGUGGCAAGUGCCUCAAUACGUGCUGAUAGGAAUCAGCGAAGUCUUUGCCAGCAUUGCAGGUCUGGAGUUUGCAUAUUCUGCAGCGCCCAAGUCCAUGCAGAGUGCCAUCAUGGGGCUCUUCUUUUUCUUCUCUGGGAUUGGCUCUUUCGUGGGCUCCGGUUUGUUGGCUAUUGUCUCCCUCAAGGAGAUUGGCUGGAUGUCAUCCCACAAAGACUUUGGUAAUAUCAAUGACUGCUCUCUGCACUACUACUUCUUCCUCCUGGCAGGGAUCCAGGGCGUCACCUUACUGGUCUUCCUUAUUAUCUCCUUCAAGUACGACAAGCAGAAGGGCAAAGCGGGAAGCCAAAGGCAGAGACGCGUGUCCUCUUGACCUGCUCCACAUCCCCCUCAGCAUUCCUGCCUUUUACCCUCCUACCACUCGGUGCCCGACGACCCCGUUGAAUCGGUACUUAUCAAAUCUUACAAAAGUUUGGUUUACCUCCUUUCAGUCACAAAUUGUCUGGUCAAAACUGUUUUUCGUAUUCAUGUUUAUUUUAGAUUUUAAGUGGUGACUCUUUAUCCUGUUUUUAUAACAAUAAUGAUUUUACAUAACUGGAUGACUCCACAGCUACCACUGAAAGUAUAGAGAUUAAUGCAGGAGCCAUGUUUGAAUUGGUUCUACUGUGCUCCCUAACUCCUCUUGUGGCCUUUCUUUCAUCAUUUGCACUUGACUUGAGGAGUGGUGGCAUAAAAAUACGCGAUAUCUAGAUAUUUUCUUAUGACGAAGAAUGCUCAGUUUUUAUAGUUGCAUUUUUACUGUUUUGUGCUCUAACAAAGUCUCAUUUUAGGACUUUUGAUAACCAUUUCACUGAGUAUUUAAAUGAUUGCUGGACUGAUGUGAAAUGUUGUGCAUUAAAUGUACAUUGUGCAUUAUUUCUUGAUUACCCCUGUUGGAGCUUUUCAAGAACGUUAAAUACCUAUGCAGUUACAUAGUUGUGAUUGAAUGGGAAAUGUGUUUUAACUGGAGGUAAUGUUAUGUUGUUACAGAAUCAUUGCUUUUAAUGACAGAAUAGGGCUCUUGUUUGGUGAGACUCCAAAGAAACUCACUUAGAUUUGACUUAUCUAUUAUUCAAAUCUAAUAUUAAGAGACAUUUGUUACCACUGCCUGUGAUUACAUACUGUAAAUCAACACAAGUCCAUCCUAUAAAUCUGCUAUUAAUCCUCAAACAGACCCAUACAUGAAUAAUAAUAACUCAUGUUAAAAAUACUCCAUGAUUUUUUUCAUUUCUGGUCAAGCUGCAAAACUGCAUGACAAACAACUAAUUAGAAAUUAGCCUUAAGCUUAACAGGCAACCUUGAGUGUAGCUCUUAGAAUAUCCCCUGCUUUAAGGCUUCGAUCAUGAUUUAAAAAAAAAGUGAGAUAUAAAAAUUGAAAAUGUAACCCAUUCACAGUGACAUGUUCUUUUUAGUUAUAAUUCGAAAGCAAAAUAAAGCACACCUUUCACAUUAUUUGUUGUCAGGGACGUUUUACAGUGUUCUAGUGGCUUUGCAGCUUUGCCUGUAAUUCUUGAAAAAGAAGCUUCUUUAUUGUUUUAUUUAUUAGACUGUGAUGCAUUUGUUUUAGCUUUAUACUGUUAAGAAAAAUGCUUGUAUGUGAGUAGGUAUAGUACAAGGUACUGAAUUUGAUUAAAACAAGAAAACUCUCAGGACUCAAGGAAUAGUGUAACGGCACAUAUGACACAAGAAGCCAUUUCUUGUGUUUGAUUGGUCGGAUAAUUACAUUACAAUUACAAUUACAUUUUCCUUGUAUUAUUGUAUAUUCCAUACGUGCUUUAUUUGUCAAUUCAGUCCUCAUCAGAAAGAUUUAUGACAUUUAUUUUGGAAAUAUAUUUGGUUUUAAUGAUGUCCAGAACUGAGAUAUUUGUUGCCAUUAUUAAAGUAUAUUAAACUGA